AUGUCACUAGAUAAUCACAACUUAAUGGGCACAGGGCUACUACAGACAACCCUGUCAUCAAUAUAUACCAUGGCUUCAUCUACAACAUCAUCAACAACAACAACAACAACUGAAAUACUACUAUCGGCUUCAUCAUACGCAUCAUCAUUACUAGUGUCAUGGGCAUCAUCUACACUCUCACCUUCAACUACAAUCAAUAUUCCCACUACAUCGUACCCACUAAAUAGUAUUCUGUCGACAACAUCUACAACAUCUAUUAUUGGCAAUAUGGUGACAGAAUCAGUACUAUCAAGACUCUUCAAAAGAUUAAACGAAGCCCUUAUCGAUCCAGUAAUCAACCAACUAGUCAAAUUUACCAGCCAUCAAGCAUUUGUUCAAAGAGUGGUUGCCAUAUCAUCAUCAUGUGGAUCAAUAGCAGCUGUAUUAAUAGCAAUGUACUUUUUAUUUGCUAUUGACCCCAAAAGAACUGUUUUCCGUCAUCAGUUGAUUUUCUUUUUACUUUUUUUCGAUUUAGUCAAAGCUUGUAUUUUAUUAUUGUAUCCAACAAGAGUUUUGGCUCAUUCUUCUGCAUAUUAUAAUCAUAAUUUUUGUCAAGUUGUGGGGUUUUUCACGGCAACUGCAAUAGAAGGGGCGGAUUUUGCCAUUUUUGCAUUUGCUAUACAUACAUUUUUAUUAAUUUUUAAACCUUCAUUGAAUUCAAAAGUGAAAAAUACAAAUCGUGUCGAAGGUGGCCUUUACAAGUUUAGAUUCUAUGUCUAUUCAUUGUCAUUCUUCAUUCCUUUAAUCCUAGCAAGUCUAGCCUUUAUUAAUGAUGGAGGAUAUGAACCAUUAGUUUGUUGGUGUUAUUUGCCAAUGCGCCCUGUUUGGACCAGAUUAGUAUUGAGUUGGGUUCCUAGGUAUUGUAUUAUUGUGGCCAUUUUUGUUAUUUAUGGUCUUAUCUACAUUCAUGUUAUAAGCGAAUUCAAAACAUUGGGUGGUGUAUUUAGUAGUGUUGGAUCAAGUCAUACUAACCAACACGAAUUACACGAACCAGAAAAUCCAACUUUUUUUUCGUCACUAAGGUACUUUUUCCAUUCAAUUAAAAAUACUUUAUUCCCAGAUAUGAAUAUUUGCACAAAUGAUUUACGUCCACUGAGACUGCACCACCUACUGGAACAAGAUCAGCAACAUAGUCAGCGUCAUAAUGGACAAAGGGGCAAACAUGAUUCCGUCAGAAGUACAGAUGAUGACGAUGAUGAUUCCGAAGAAUUGGCAGAAGCUUUAGAACCAGAAUCUGUUGAUUAUCAAGAUGUUGAGAAUCAAAAGGAAAAUGGAGCUAUGUACACUAAUGAGGAGAUCCAACAAGCUAAUUUAGAAAGUUUUAGAAGACGUCAAAAGAUUAUUCAAAAACAAAUGAAAUCUAUUUUUAUAUAUCCUUUUGCAUAUUGUUUUGUUUGGUUAUUCCCAUUUAUUUUACAGGCUACCCAAUUCAAUUAUGAACUUAAGCAUCAUCCAGUAUAUUGGUUAAAUGUAUUGGGAGCUUUUAUGCAACCAUUUAAUGGGUUUGUUGAUGCGUUGGUUUUCUUCUACCGUGAGAGGCCUUGGAAAAAUACCACUAUGAAGACAUUUGAAAAAGAACACCGUCAAAGAGUGGACACUAUUAUUAUGAACAAUUUGCAACACCGCAAAUAUAGUGAGGGGGGUGACUCGACAUAUAGUAUGGCAGCAACUAGUGCGAAAAUUGCAAAGAAUUCAUUGAGUGCCAGUUCAGGUUUGGUAGAUAUAGAACAAUAUUCCCGCUGGAGACGGUUCUUGAAUGACUUGAAUCUUCCAUUUUAUGAAUUGCCUACACAGAAAAACAUUGCCAAAUUUCAAAAAAAGUAUAUUGAUGAGAAAUUAAACAAAUCUCCACAAGAUUUAGAAGAAGCUGCUAAUGAACAACUUGAAUUGUCCAUUCCUAAAAAUUUAACGGAAAAGUAUAGAACAUCAUCUGGUGAUGAAACUAAUCCUUUUGCAACUAGUGCGGGCACAAGUUAUGAUACUAUAGGAUUACAAGAUGUUCAUGAUUAUUCUGAUAUUUUAAAUGAUAACACGAGUGGGAUUGCACCACUUGAAACAAGAGAUAUUCCUGGAUUCAAACCAAAUUUUGGUAAAUUUUCAUUUAAUAGAAGGUCAUCAUCAACAUUGGGAACAAGUAGAAGGGGUAGUACAGUUCUUGGGUUUAACAGAAAAAGAUCUAGUGUUGUUGAUUCACCUGAUCCUGUUGUAUUGAAGUCACUGAUAGGAAGAAGAAAUUCUAGUUUUGCUGCUGGAAGUAAUUCAACUUUAAGUACACCACAUCGACUUGUACACUCUCCAACAUCGAGUACUUUUUCACCAAUUGAUGAUAAAGAAGGCAUUUCUCCUAUGGGGAAUGAUACAAUUGAAGAUGAAGAUACCGAGUUGGAUUUCUUGGAAUUUUUAAAGAGGGGUCCACAAACCUAA